AAAGCGUAGCCAUUGCCCAUACCUCAUUCAGUCUCUGCGCCUCACCAAAAUCACGACUCACUGGUCUCUGCUUUGUUAUAACCUCUUUCUGUUUCUCUCUUCCGAACCGAACCGAACCGGCAUGGGUCUCUCCGGUCCCAACCGAAAACUCUCCGCCACAGAGCGCUUCCUCGGUGUUCCAUCUCACGCGCCGCCGCAUUUCCCUUCCGUCGCCAACGACGACUUCCACGAGGACGACGUCGUUUUCUUCAGCGGUGACUACAGCGCCUCCACUCCUUCGUCUUCCACGUCCUCCUCUUCCUCCGCCACUCCUAACCACCUUAUCCACCACCACCACCACCACCACGACGGCAUCCUCGCCGCGCUCCCCGAGAACGAAACCUCCCGCAACCUCCGGAACGUUUCGCAGCACUUUCACAAGGCGUCAAUCUCCUCCAUAUCCUCCUCUUCCUCUCGCACCAAUCCCUCCAUUCCGCGGCCUCCGACGCCGGCGCAACCGUCGUCCGUCAAUUUCCACCAUUCCGCGCCCGUGAACGUCCCGAUCUUGUCGAUGAAGGCGCGCCGGCGGCACCUUGAGUUCGACGAAGACGACGAGGAGGAGGAAGAAGAGGAGAUGAUGCCUCCGCACGAAAUCGUAGCGAGAAACUCAUCGCAAUCGCCAAUGCUCGCUUGUUCGGUUCUGGAAGGGAUAGGGAGAACGCUGAAAGGGAGGGACCUGCGUCAGGUUCGAAAUGCCGUUUGGCGCCAAACAGGUUUCCUCGGUUGAUUCAUUCAAUUCAAAUUCUUCGGCUAGGGUUUAAUUUUCCCGCAUUUAUUGAUUUCUAUGCGUCUGAAUUUGUCCCGGACUCGUGGAUUUCCCUAUCUUUCGUAAUUCCUAGUGUUCCAUCACUUUAUCGUUUUCGUUUUUCUUUAUCUGCCUGAGAAAAUGUGAAAUAUGCACUCACGUAAGGAGAUAAUUAACAAUGGUGGAGUGUAGAGAGAAAAUUAGAAAAUGAAUUUUAGGUCCUCGACUAAAUAGAGUGUUGUUCGAGUUUUAUUUAAGUAAUUAAGUGAAGAUUAGUGAAUGAUUUUA